AUGUUCGGCUUCGGAAGUAAACGCAAGACUGAGGACGACUCGUCUCCAGCCAAUGUGGCAGAUGAACCAGUCAGCCAAGUGGACGAUGCAGAUCUCGACAUUACGCAAAGCCAGCCCUUUUGGACCGCCAUCUUGCCCGUAAUUGCCUGUGGUGCUGGUCUUUUCUCAGACGGAUACAUCAAUAAUGUCAUCGGAAGCGUAUCUACCGUUCUUGGACGGGAGUAUGGCUCUGUAUACAACGACUCACAGGCCAAAAAGGUCGUCAGUGCCAUUGCCUUUGCAGGGACUGUCAUCGGUCAACUUGCCUUUGGGUUCCUCUCUGAUCGCUGGUCAAGAACAAACUCACUACUUAUUUCCACCAUCAUCUUGAUCGUCUUUACGGCUCUCGCUGCAGGAUCCUACUGGAAUGGAGAGGCUACGGGAAUGUUCACAAUGCUGGCUAUCUGGCGCUUCUUUGUCGGCAUCGGCAUUGGUGGCGAGUAUCCUGCGGGUUCUGUAGGUUGUGCCGAGUCUACGGGCGAGCUCAAAGCCGGCACGCGCAACAUGUUCUUCAUCCUCUUCACCAACAGCAUGAUAGACUGGGGUUUUGUAUUCGGCGCGUUUAUACCAUUCGUCGUUGCUGCUGCUGCCAAGAACGAGUACAUGAGCACCAUCUGGCGCACUAGCUUGGGUAUUGGCGUCGUGUUCCCUCUGGUCCUUCUGGUCAUGCGCUUCCGCCUGAAAGAGCCGGUUGAAUUCAGCAAGCAUUCGUUCAGGCACGCCAAGACACCGUAUAGGCUGGUGCUCAAGUUUUACGGAUGGAGGCUCUUGAUAUUCCUUACCUACGCUUUUGGUAUCUACUCGUCCACCAUUCUGGCCAACAUCUUUCCACAGGGGCAGGCUUUAACCGUUGUGUUUGGCUGGAACACUGUCAUCAAUCUGUUCUACAUCCCAGGAACAAUGCUUGGAGCACCACUUAGCGACAAGAUUGGACCUCGAUACGCUCUCGCCGCCGGCGUGAGUGCCCAGGCCAUCAUUGGCUUCAUCAUGGCAGCUCUGUACCCGCACCUCGCCCAGGCCUCCAACGUCGCCGCCUUUGCCGUCGUCUACGGCAUCUUCCUGUCCAUGGGCGAGCUGGGACCCGGAAAUAACAUCGGUCUCCUCGCCGCCAAGACGUGCGCAACCGGUGUUCGCGGACAGUAUUACGGCAUCGCGGCAGCCAUCGGCAAGAUCGGCGCCUUCGUCGGGACCUACGUCUACCCCUAUAUCGAGGCCGCGGGCGGAGAAAACGCCGUGGCCUCGGCCCAGUACCCCUUUUACGUCUCGUCGUCCCUGUGCGUCGUCUCGGCCGCGCUGGCCGUCUUUUGUCUGCCACACAUCGGCCAGGACACCAUCACGCUCGAGGACAAGCGCUUCAGGGAGUUCCUCGAAGCCAACGGCUACGAUACGCGGCAGAUGGGGCUCAACAAGACUGAGAGCCUCGAGGACCCCAAGGCGGUCACGGCGGAGAAGGGUGGCGCUGCUGCGGCUGCUGCGGAGGCGUGA